AUGGAAGCAGGAUUUUUGGAAAAUGAAAGGAACCAUCAACAAGCAGCAGCUGUCAAAUAUGACCGUGCAAAUGCUGUGUUUGUAGUCCUGGCACGAAACAGAGAGCUAAAUGGCAUUAGAAAAUCAAUGCGCCAAAUGGAAGACCGCUUCAACCGCAAAUUCAACUAUCCCUAUGUUUUCCUCAACGAUGAAGAGUUUUCUGAGGAAUUUAUUGCCCUCACAUCAUCUCUAACAAAAGGACAGACCUUCUAUGGCAAAAUUGAUGAAUCCAUGUGGGGAUAUCCUAGUCACAUCAACCAGACAUAUGCCGCAGAAUGUCGUAAGAACAUGCAAGACAACAAGGUCAUUUAUGGUGGUAGCGAAUCUUAUCGCCACAUGUGCAGAUUCCAGUCUGGCUUCUUUUUUAGACAUCCUUUACUAGAGACAUUUGAAUACUACUGGCGCCUUGAACCAGAUAUUGAAUAUUACUGUGAUGUAAAUUACGAUGUGUUCAAGGUUAUGAAAGACAAUGAUUUCAAGUAUGGGUGGACCAUCUCUCUCACAGAGUACAUGGCUACUAUUCCUACCCUCUGGGAGACUACCAAAAAGUUUAUCGCUGCCCAUCCGGAAUACAUGGAAACUGGGCCAGAAAGUCUCCGAGAAUGGAUUACUGAUGAUAACUUUAAGACUUACAAUGGUUGCCAUUUCUGGUCCAACUUUGAGGUUGGUUCCCUUAAUUUCUUGCGUAGUGAGCGCUACAUUAAGUUCUUUGAACAUUUGGAUAAGGUCGGUGGUUUCUUUUACGAAAGAUGGGGUGAUGCGCCUGUUCACUCGUUGGCUGUGGCACUUAUGCUGAAAAAAUCUGAGGUCCAUUUCUUUAAUGACAUUGGCUACAAGCAUAAUCCUCUCAUGCACUGCCCUAUAGAAGGCUACCUCCAGAAAUCUUGCCAUUGCAACAAACAAGAGAACUUUGACUGGAACAACUGGAGUUGUGCAACCCGUUACAAGAAGAUCCACCCCGAGUUUAUCUGGAAUGAACACACGUUCAAAAACAAGACCAGCCCCUUCAUACCCACACCAGGAACAAUUAUAUAG